CUAGCACACCACGGCCUCCAUUUUGCAGUGCAUUUGCAAGCCAGCUGCGUCCACUCGCAGUGCAGCAAUUGUAGAUAACGUGCAUAACAGGAGUAUUUCAAUCUGAAGUUAAGUUUCUAACACGAUGGCUGACCCAUCAGCGCAAGUGGAGGUCCCGGAAGGCGCAGAGGUCCGCAAACUGUCGGAGCUGAGAGUUAUCGACCUGAAGGCCGAGCUGAAGAAACGAAACCUGGACACCACGGGCGUCAAGAGCGUGCUGUCCGAGCGUCUGAAAAAGGCAAUCGAGGAAGAAGGUGGAAAUCCUGAUGAGAUUAUUCUCGCUCCGGAAUCAACCGCAAAGAAACCCAACGUUACACCUAAACGAUCCUCUAAAGAUACAAAGCAAGACAAUGAUGAACCAGAGGACGGCACUAUGGAGGAGGAUUCCCGUGAUGGCCAUGAGGAGCUUCAGGGUGAUCAUGAGAACAUGCAGGAAAUGGACAUCCUGGACAUGAAUGUUCUGGAUGAGACAGAGAAUGAUAAUGGAAUACCAGCAGAGGACGAUGAGGAGGAUGAAAAUGUGAAUUUUCCCUCUGAUGAAGAUGCAGUGUUGAAUGAAGAACAUGAGAACAGGACCUUCGAGACAGAAGAUGAAGCAAGAGGUCCAGAGAAUAAUGAGUCUGAGAUGUUGGAUAAGGAUGAAUACAUGACAAGCUCAUCAAUCAAUAUGGCUCAGGAUCCAGAUGCAGAUGACGUGAAGGAAGAAACAGAAAAUGACAAAGUAGCCGGGUCUUGUUUAUCUGAGCCACUUAACGAAGAUCAGCACCAGAGCCAUGAGACGAGCCCUGAAGAAGAGCAAGCUGCCACCGCCGGAGGGGAAGACAAUGUGUCCGACACCGGUGCCAAGUCCGACAAGGCCGCCUCUGGAGAUGUGGAGGGCGACCGGGAUGUUGUGGAGACCGACACCAAAGAGGUCGGGGACGCCGACACCAAAGAGGUUGGGGACGCACAGAAUGCCCCAGAAGAGACACUUGACACUGAAAACGAAAGCUCGCAGGCUGUUAGUGUAAGCGAACAGGGCGCUGUGGGUGAAACUGUUGAUUCAGAAAUGGGGUCUAAGAAGGGUGAGGAGGAUGAGAAGACAGAAGAGAAAGCUGCUGCGGAUUCAGCCUCCACAGUGAAAGAGUCCUCUUCUGUAGAGGGCGAUGAUCAGAAAAAGAGCUCUGAGGAGAAAGAUGGCAAGACUGAGUCAAAAGAUGAAAAAGCCACUGGAAGUGCUGCAGCAAGCAGUAGCAGGAAUCUGUGGGUCAGUGGUCUCUCUUCCACUACUAGAGCAACUGAUCUGAAGACUCUCUUCAGCAAAUAUGGCAAGGUUGUUGGAGCUAAGGUGGUGACCAACGCCAAGAGCCCCGGUGCUCGCUGCUAUGGUUUUGUCACCAUGUCUUCCACAGAGGAGGCCACCAAGUGUAUCAGCCACCUUCACAGGACUGAGCUGCAUGGCAGGAUGAUCUCUGUGGAGCGGGCUAAAAAUGAGCCUGCAGGGAAGAAGCCAGCAGACAAGACUGACACCAAGAAGUCUGGCAGUGACAGGAGACACUCCUCUGACUCUAAAUCUGAUGGAAAGGAUGAGAAGUCUGAGGGAGAAGGAAAAGAUGGCAAAGGACGAAAUGAGAGAACUGUAGUUAUGGAUAAGUCCAAAGGAGAGCCUGUCAUCAGCGUCAAAACCAAAAGCAAGGAACGAAGCACAAAGAGUCGGGACCGCAAAUCCCCCAGUAAGGAGAAGAAAGACAUCCUGUCGUUUGACCAGAUCAAGGAGCAGAGAGAAAGGGAGAGACAGAGACAACGAGAGAGGGAGAUCAGAGAGGUGGAGAGACGCAGAUGCACUGACCGUGACCGCGGCGACCGUGACAACCGCCCGGACCGUGAGCGCGAGCGAAUCCGUCUGUUCCGGGAGAGAGAGGAGAGGAAACACUUGAUUAGGAAGAGGAACUGGCUCGAGGCUGAGAAGCAGCGCCUUGACGCAGACCGUAUGGAGCGUCAGUUCUUGGAGCGGGAAAGGCUACGUAUAGAGUACGAGAGGCGGCGUGAGCAGGAAAGGAUCCUCAGAGAGCGCGAGGAGCUGCGACGGCAGCAGGAGCAGCUGCGCUAUGAGCAGGACAGACGCCCUGUUAAGAGGCCUUAUGACUUGGAUGGCAGGAAAGAUGACUGGCCUGAGAAGCGCGUGGCUCUGGAUGACCGUUACAGCCGCUCAGACUUUGGUCGACAGGAGCGUUAUCAGGACUUCGACCACAGGGAUCGAGGCCGUUACCAAGACGACAUGAUUAUGGACAGGCGGGACAACACUCGCAGCCUUGGUGCAGACAGAGAUGGUCAGCACUUCUCAGAUAGGUCGGACAGACAUAGCAGAGAUGGCCGGGACUCCUGGAGUGGAGGUUAUGAUAAACGCAUCAACCCCAGGGAAGGAGGUCGAGACUGGGACUCUGGCCGGAAAUUAGAUGGAGACAGAGCAUGGCAAAGUAGAGACGGUGCCAUCCCAGGCCAGAGCCACAUGGCACGUGGAGGAAUGGCGAGCCGUGGAAGCUACAUGAACACGGGAACGUCUCAGUCCCUGUCUGGAGCUCUCAACAGACAGAACCAGCUGAUGCAGGGCAGCGGGCUGCAGGGUGGAGCUUUCGGCCGGCGCUACUGAUGUCUGCCUGUGUGAAGACAGUGUUGGGACUGUUUCAGGAGGUCAUGUCUUGAAGGAUUUGGCCGUCUUGUUUUGUACAUUUUUUUAAAGUCAGGAAUUCUUUUUUGACACAAUUCCAAUCCAUUUUUGAUGGAGACCUUUAUUUUUCUGGUCGCUUCUCCUCGUUGUUUCUUUGUGUGUGUGAUGUAGUGAUCUCCUGCCUUGUAGUUAUCAUUCAGUCCAGCCCACCUUAUUUGUAUAACAGUACUGUCUGCUUGCCAACAAUGUGUUUGACAUGCAGGUUGGUAGCUGUAGUGGAGAGUCACGUCAGAGCUCUGUGUUGCAAAUACAGAUAUUUUAUAGACACCUGAGUCAAUGGACCGAACCUCACCAGUCUUCUCUCUGUAUCUCAGUUUGUCUGAAGCAUUGUGGAAGUUUUGGGUUCUCAUUAAAUGAGUCUUUGGUAAAAUUGAUUUCUUCAUAGCUCGAGGCCCCUGUUUGACAUUCUUUUUAAAACACAGAUUUUCAGUGAAGAACAGGUUUUUAACCUAAAUGCCACAUUCUGAUUAACUGUGGUUGUUUGACUUCUCCUUUUAAUUUUCAGUUUUUUCGUUCUUUUGUAUAUAGUAUUUCAUUUGUGUGAUUGUUGAAUAAUGGUAGUAAGUGCCCCAAGAGCGUGUAUGUGUUCACAAUCUAUUGAUUAAAAUAUGUUAUAAAAACUAAA